AUGGCGCUGGCACUGCUUCUGGUGCCCCUGUCACCGCUGCAGCUUCUACAACUACCAGCGGUGCAGGGGGUAUGCACGGCGGCGGCCGCGGGUGAACCUGAGGUUGCCGGGCGUGAGGGCGUUCAAGCAGCUGCUGCAGCGCAUGCAGCAGGCCGUGCUGAGAGACAGGGUGGUGGAUGCCGGGAAGAUGGUCCACAGGCCGUGAUGCGGGACGGCGGGAAGAUGCUCUAUAGCUACACGCACGCGUCGAACGACUUCGCAAUGACCCUCACGGCAGCGCAGGUGCAGCGCAUGAGGCGGCACCCCUCCGUGGCGUCCGUCACGCCCUCUCGCACCAUCACAUGCCGCACCAUCACUGUUGCCGACUCUUACAAGUCUCUCAAGCUGCCCCACGCCCGUGCUGCCACUGCUGCCACUCCGGCUGGAGCGCCGAGCGACGGUGAAGGCACGGUGAUUGGGAUUGUGGACAGGGGCGUGUGGCCGGAGCACCCCUCCUUUGACGACACUGGCUACAGCAGCACACUCCCUGCCGGGUGGGCGGGCACGUGUCUGUGUCCCACUACAAGCGACUUUGCAUGUAACAACAAGAUCAUCAGAGGGUGCGUCUUCCAUGCGGGGUCUGCCGUCCGCUCUCCCCACGGGAUUCGGAUGGCCAUGGCACAUGGUGUGCCGGAAGCAACGAGCAACAGCGGCGUGGAGGUGCUUGGCGGAGGCACCAUCAGUGGCGUGGCCAUCUACAAGGUGUACUGGCUUGACGUUGGCACCACAGUCACUAACGCCGCAGACGUCUUUGCAGCCAUUGAUCAGGCUGUGGCGGACGGUGUGGAUGUGAUCACCUUGUCCCUGGACAAUGCGAACAGGAACAUGUACGAUGAUGAUUAUGCCAAGUGGAGCGUCACCUACUUUGACGAUGUGCCUUUCAUCGGCGCUCUUGCGGUGAGUAUGAGGGGCAUGCGGUGGGAGUGUGAGGGGCAUGCGGUGGGAGCGUGA